AUGCGUCCGCACGGGUUUAAGCUUCUUCUGGCGUUGCUUCUCUCGGCCUCGGACCUGUCCGAGUGCCUGUCAGGCCACCACCAGCGUGACGUUUCGCCUUCUCCCUCUGGUGCUUCUGCUGCUGCUGCUGCGUCCCCCCCUUCCGUGCGCCUCUCAAACGGGACCUACAUCGGCGUGCGAAACGACCAGUACGCCCAGGACUUCUUCCUCGGCAUCCCGUACGCCCAGCCGCCCGUUGGUCCCCUCCGCUACGCGCCGCCGCAGCCUCUCGACGAAUCCUUUGACGAACCGAGAUCGGCCGCCGAGUAUGGCCGGAUGUGCAUCGGGUACGGCUCCGACACGGCCAGUCUCGGCAGCCCGGUCUCGGAGGACUGCUUAACCAUCAACAUCGUCCGCCCGGCCGGGACGAAGCCGGGAGACAACCUCCCGGUUGGUCUUUGGGUUCAUGGAGGCAGCUAUGUCAACGGCGGAUCGCUCGACCCGAGGUACAACCUGAGCUACAUCGUCCAACAGUCCGUCCGGGAGAACAAGCCCAUCAUCGCGGCCUCCAUCAACUACCGCCUCUCCUACUGGGGCUUCCUCUUCAGCCAGGAGCUCAAGGACGGCAAGGCGGGCAACCUCGGCUUCCGGGACCAGCGCCUGGCGCUGCGGUGGCUCCGCGACAACAUCGCCCCCUUCGGCGGCAGCCCGGACAAGGUGACCGUCUGGGGCGAGUCCGCCGGCGCGCGGUCGCUGGGGAUGCAGCUCAUCGCCUACGACGGCCGCCACGACGGCCUGUUCCGGAGCGCCAUCCUCCAGAGCGGCAGCUCCGUCGCCAAGUUCGUCGGCGCCGAGGCCUGGCAGCCCUUCUUCGACGCCCUCCUGCGCAAGACGUCGUGCGACGCCUCCGGCGACGCGGUCGCCCGGCUGGCCUGCCUGCGCGCGCUGCCGUGGCAGACGCUCAACGGCAUCUUCAACGGCUCCGACCCGCUCGGCGUCGCGGCGCCCGUCAUCACGGCCGUCGUCGACGGCGACUUCAUCACGGCGCAGGCGUCCGCCCUCCUGCGCCAGGGCAAGUUCGCGCCGGUCCCGCUCCUCCUCGGUAACAACUUCGACGAGGGCACGGGGUACGCGAGGCAGGGCGUCAACACGACGGAGCAGUUCGAGGCCUGGGUCGCGAGCAGCCUGCAGGUGGACGCCGCCCAGGUCGCCGCCAUCUCAAGGCUGUACCCGGACGACCCGGCCGUCGGCAUCCCCGCGUCGCACCCCGGCCGGCCCUCGGGCGCCCUCGCCGCCUUCGGGUCGCAGUGGAAGCGCGUCGCGGCCGUCGCGGGAGACUACCAGCAGCACAGCGGCAGGAGGCUCCUCGCCAGCUCGUACGCCCGCGUCGGGCUGCCGGUGUACUCGUACAUGUGGAACGUCUACGUCAACGGCCUCGGGCCCAUCUAUGGCGCCACGCACUUCCAGGAGGUCGUCUUCGUCUUCAACAACGUCCGGGCCCUGGGCUACGCCACCAACCCGUUCGAGGGCAAGCCCAAGUCGUACUUUGAGCUGGCGGACCUGAUGAGCAAGAUGUGGGUGGCCUUCAUCCACGACACGGAUCCGAACCAGUGCAACUCGCCCCGUCUCACUUGGCCGCGAUACACGCCCCGGCGGCCGCAAAACCUGGUGUUCGACGCCAACUACACCAGGCUGGGCUACGUGGCGCGGGACGACUACAGGGCGGCCGAGAUUGCGUAUAUGCAAGAGCACGUGUUUUGA